AUGGCUCCCAAGGGUCGUUUAGGCGUUGGGAAAGGCUUCAGCAGCGCUGCUCCGUCCUCAUUCGGUGGUUUCGCUACCCCAUCAACGAGCAAUGGCAGUCUCUCCUACCUCUCCGACCCUCCAGACCUGUCCUCAAUCUCCGAUCCAAAUGUUGUCGUAUCCUUCAAGAACCUUUUGAAGAAGGACAACACUACGAAGUCUAAAGCACUGGCCGAUCUAGUUGCAUAUACACAAGCACACCCCCACGAGCUGGAUGGAGGCGUGGAGGACGCUGUCCUUGAUGCAUGGGUUCAACUUUAUCCUAGGACAUCGAUCGAUAACGACCGCCGGGUCCGCGAGCUGUCACAUACUCUGCAGUUCAAACUAUUGCAGUCCGCCAGAAAACGAAUGGAGAAAAGGAUACCCAAGGUUGCUGGUACCUGGCUGGUCGGCUCUUUCGACCGGGACAAGCCCGUGGCUAGAGCCACCACGCAGGGAUUGUCUGCGGUCUUUACAACAGAAGAGAAGGUGACCCAGUUCUGGAAGAAGUGCCAGCUUCAGAUUCUGCAGUACGCAACUGAGGCCAUAACAGAGACGCCCGACACCCUCAGCGACGAGCGGUCCACGAAGCCGGAAGACGCCGAGGCCAAAUACUACCGUGCCAUAGCAGGAGGCUUGUCCCUCGUGCUUGGCCUUCUUCAGAGGCUUUCUCAUGAAGAUACAACCAAGUUCUACACUGAGUACGAAACGUUCUUCUCUUCCGGCCCUGGAGACUCGGCCUGGUCCUUUGCUACUGCCGAUGACUCUCGCGUUCGGCAAAUCGUCUACCAACUCCUGCGGCUUUGCUUGGAAAAGCAACAGGCGCUGUUAGACCCGCACAUGCCUCGAAUCGCCAAAAUUAUCACCUCGGACGCUCUCAAGAAGCCCCAACUUGGCUCUGCGGAUGAGCUUCUUGGGGUUCUCAUAGAACUGACGCGGCUCAACCGGGAACUUUGGGGUACCAAGCGAUCACCGCUUUCGAGACUGCGGAGUUUCAUCGAAAGAGGCUCCCAAGGCGGCCGACCAUCUUUCUGGGAUGGCCUGGACAAGCUUUUGGCCAUCCUCCCCACCGACUCGAUAUCCGAGGGAGCUGCCUCGGAAUUUUUCAAAUCGUUCAGGACGGGGAUCAGCAGAAGAGAGGAGCCAAGAACCAAUGCCCCUUAUGCUUGGAGGUGCUAUCUCAACGCGGUCUCUCGGAUGUUAGAUCAAGUCGAUACUGAAUCUCGCACGAAGCUGAUCUCCGAAACGGUUUUUCCAUUGACAGACAACUACUUGUUCUCGACAGAACGCCAGGGAGAGUGGCUGACAGGUGUUCAAAUGCCUGUUCUUUCCCUUGCCUAUAGUGUGGCAGCUCAGUCAAAAGAUACACAAAUCACAGAAUCUUUGAGCAAGGAAUGGGAAAGACUAGGGGCCGCUUUCAUAGCUCGACUUUCCACGUCCCUGCCUGAGGUAUCUAAAGAAUUCGAGCCUUCCCAGAAAAGGAUCGCAGAAGACGGGAAACGGUGGUUUUCUGUGGUGGGCGCCAUCCAUACGUCUUUAACUGCACCAUCUAGCCAACCCAUUGAACAGCAGACCAAGGAUUAUACGGAAGCUGCUGCCAUGACUGUGGUGCGAGAAGCAGUGGAUGUACUGAAGCGAAGGAACUUCAAGCCUUUCGGAGCAGCUGCAAUCUUGUUAUGGGCUUUGAAGCAGAGCCCAUACCUUUUCACAGUUGAGAACCAGGGAUUAUUUCUGUCGGUCGUCCCAACUGGCUCCGAGGAGGAGAUGGCCAAGCUGUUAUCAUCACCGUCAGCCUCGUACAUAAUUGCUUGUAUUGAAGCUCUGGGUCAAAAUCACGAUGGUGAUUUCGAGAAUCUAUGGUCUGCUACCGUACAAUCCCUCCUCCAAAUGCAGGGGGCGAAUUCACAAGCAGACUCAUAUCUCACAAAGCUUAUCUCGAUCCCUGCCGCGAAGCCGGUGGCGAGGAACUCUUUCAGCCUUCAACAGCAUCUCGAGAAGAACAUUCUGGCAUGCGCCCAGUCUAGAGGCGGUUCUUGGGACAUGUUUGAUGCGACUCUAGCUGGAGACGUGGUGGUUGAAUCAAGUCUACGAAGUUCGGCGUCAGACAUCAUCGAAACGCUUGGCAAUGACAACGAGUCCAGCAUGAAAGCAAUUGAGAUCAUACUAAGGCGGCGUCCAACUAUAAUCUCGGAAGACGAGACGCUUCACCUCAGCCUAACAACAAAGUUGCUUAGCAUGUUGGAAAUCAACGAGCCUGCCGUCUCUUCUAGGGCAUCUCAGCUUCGCUCGUUGCUCGAGAAACAUGGCGAUGUGCAGCCAUCUGUCCUGAGUAUCAUCCAAGAGAAUCUUGAACGACCUGGUCCAGACUCCUUGAGUAUUGAGACUCUAGUACAGCAGGCUACCGCCACAUUGGAAGCAGGCAACACGGAUCUGGAGCAGAUGUUGCCAGAUACGAGAGUCUGGGCAAAAGAGCUUGCGCACUUCCUACAAGGCGGGAUCAAUCCGGCUCUGGCGCUGACAAGCAACAUCGGUGGUGCCUGUUUUCUCUCGAAGGACGACCUACUGCUGCCAACUACAAGUUCCCGGCGCGACUCAAGAGGGCUUUCUAUUCCAGCUCGGAUGGCGAUGUACACAACCGCGAUACUCGACCACGGAAUUCAGAUAGAGGCACUGUCUCAAAGCUUCCAAACUGAGCUGCUAUAUCUGCUCUACCUUGUCAUCGAGCUCGCGUCUGACCAGAUGACGCUCAUGGAUGCAAACAGACUAUUCAAGGAUCUCGAGGACCCAAAUCUUCUGGGAGAAGUCGAGGAAUUUGUAACUUCAGCAAGGCGAAUCAUGCAUGGCAUAUUCGCGAAAUUCCAGGGCUGGAGGCCAGGGGCAGGGCAGUGUCUACUUGAUGGGCUUGUUGGCACACUGAUCGAGCAGGCCAAGGCUCUUGUUCCUACCGGUGUUUACAGUGCUCGUGCGCUAACCGAGAUUUUCGAAGCGUUUUCCGACGCCCACGGGCAUGCAAGUGCCGUUGAGGACUGGGUGGUUCAGCUCGAUAUCAUGAAGGCAUCUCAUGCGACAGUCCUUCCUUCAACAGCAUUCUUGACAGGCUAUGGCGAGAUGUUGGCAGGGUCCAAAGUCGUCUCCAACUUGCUGAACAGACUGAUCAGCGAUAUUGCCGGCGCGAAUCCUCCAGCCGAAAAGACUUUACAAUCCUUGGUCUUGCUCAACGCUUGUAUGCCUGUCUUUGAACUAGGUCAAUUACCAGUGGCAAACAACCGUCUUGUCUUCGCUGUGAAGCAGAUCACAUCCUGGUUUUCACGCAGCCCAGAAGAUUUAGGCAUGGAGGUUGCUACGGAGAGCUGCCGAGCCCUGCAGCACCUGUUUCCAUGCGUCCAGGAGGUCUACGGACCGUAUUGGGAGCAGGCGAUUGGGUUUUGUCUCUCACUAUGGAGUCAUGCUUCCAAAGACGACUCUGAGCGACGUCUACCUUACAUACACGCUUCCGUCAAGCUGUUGUCAGCCCUUCGCAAAUUUGACGAGCCGAAUGACGAUCUUGUGGACGCACUUGAUCUACAUGCGGACGCUGUGUUCCGCGGCCUGUUGGAUCUUCUCAAGCUUCCUGGAAGCACCAAUUCUCAACCUCGAGAGAUAGUCGAUGCCCUGUUGUGUCGUGAAGCCGCAAGUAUUCCUUUGGAACACUUGAAGGAUCUGACGGACAUUUAUGUCCUGGUGGCAUCCGAGUCGCGCGAGAUCCAAACAGCCGGCUUUAAUCUUAUCCACCGAGCGUUACCUGCAGCACAGGAGCAAGUGUCUCUCAAUGUCCUCCUCGAGAAGAAACAAGCUAGACUUCCCGAUGAGCUCACAUCACUUCUCCUCGAUGCACCGACCCUCGAAGCAUUUCCCGAGGAAGUACUGGUGCAGUUUCCAACACCUAUACGGUCCUAUCUCUUGUCCUGGAAGCUUGUCUUCGAUGCCUAUGAAGGUGCUGCAUACAAGGUUCGGACUGAUUACACGGAAGACCUCAAAGUCAAUGGCGCCAUCAGUCCUCUCAUGGAAUUCAUGUUUGAUGUUCUGGGCCACUCAGCCGCCAGCCCUAUCAACCUCGAUAAAGAAGGAUUGACUGUCGAUGACAUACAAGACUACGACAUUAAGGUCGCCGACUCGCUGCCUGAGGAGAAGAACAUGCACUGGCUUCUCAUUCACCUCUUCUAUCUCACCUUGAAAUUUGUCCCUGGUCUGUUCAAGACUUGGUUCCUCGACUGUCGUUCCAAGCAGACAAGGAUUGCCAUUGAGCCCUGGAUGAUCAAGUACUUCUCCCCUAUCAUCAUACAUGACGCCAUCGCAGAGGUCCAGAAAUGGUCAAACUCCCAAGAUGUCUCAGACCCAGACGAGAAAGAACUUGCCAUCAAAGUCAACUAUGCCCAGCGGGAAAUCACUGCGGCCUACGCCAUCGACGAUGGUGGCGACGAGCAGUCGGCCUCGAUGCUGGUCCGAAUCAAACCCAACUACCCGCUUGAUUUUGUCGAUGUCGUAGGACUGAACCGUGUCGCCUGCAGCGAGCGUACAUGGCAAUCGUGGCUGCGCGUCACCCAGGGAAUCAUUACCAUCUCGAACGGCGCCAUCAUCGACGGACUAUCCACUUUCCGCAGGAAUGUUCUCGGUGCCCUCAAGGGCCAUGUGGAGUGUGCUAUUUGCUAUUCGUUCAUCGCUGUCGACAGAAAGAUGCCGGACAAAAAAUGUGCGACGUGCAAAAACCUGUUCCACCGGGAUUGUCUAUUCAAGUGGUUCAGCUCGGCGAACCAGAACACGUGUCCGCUUUGUCGGACGAGGAUGGAUUUUGUGGAUAAGAAGAAGAUAAAGCAGUCAGUAGCGCGAAACGAACCAAAGACUUGGGUAGCUCAUCAAGACGGCACUUGA